CGGCCGCGCACGCGCGCCCCUCCCGGCGCCCGGCCCCGCCCACCCCGUCACCCGUAACAACCACAAGUGCCCUCGCCGCGCCCCUUCCCCCUCCCCCCUCCCCGGCCCCCUCCCCGGAACCGGCGGUCGAGCUACGGCCGCCGAGCAGUGGAACCGAGACUGCCCCGCGGAGCCGCCGGUAUGAGCGCCCCUCGCCACCGCGCGUCCCAGGCCCGGCCUUUCUGACAAAAGGUGUGAGAGGGUUGCUGUUGUAUUACAAUCAUGGUGCAAAAAUACCAGUCCCCAGUGAGGGUGUACAAAUACCCCUUUGAAUUAAUUAUGGCUGCUUAUGAAAGGAGGUUCCCUACGUGUCCUUUGAUUCCAAUGUUCGUGGGCAGUGACACUGUGAAUGAAUUCAAGAGUGAAGAUGGGGCCAUUCAUGUCAUUGAAAGGCGCUGCAAGCUGGAUGUAGAUGCACCUAGACUGCUGAAGAAGAUUGCAGGAGUUGAUUAUGUUUAUUUUGUCCAGAAAAACUCACUGAAUUCUCGGGAACGUACUUUGCACAUUGAGGCUUAUAAUGAAACGUUUUCCAAUCGGGUCAUCAUUAACGAGCAUUGCUGCUACACCGUUCACCCUGAAAAUGAAGAUUGGACCUGUUUUGAACAGUCUGCAAGUUUAGAUAUUAAAUCUUUCUUUGGUUUUGAAAGUACAGUGGAAAAAAUUGCAAUGAAACAAUAUACCAGCAACAUUAAAAAAGGAAAGGAAAUCAUUGAAUACUACCUUCGCCAGUUAGAAGAAGAAGGCAUAACCUUUGUGCCCCGUUGGACUCCGCCUUCCAUCGCGCCCUCUUCAGAGACGUCUUCAUCAUCCUGCAAGAAACAAGCAGUGUCCAUGGCCGUCGUCAUCCCAGACGCUGCCCUCAAGGAAGGGCUGAGUGGUGAUGCCCUCAGCAGCCCCAGCGCACCUGAGCCCGUGGUGGGCACCCCUGACGACAAACUAGAUGCCGACUACAUCAAGAGAUACCUGGGCGAUUUGACUCCGCUGCAGGAGAGCUGCCUCAUUAGACUUCGCCAGUGGCUGCAGGAGACCCACAAGGGCAAAAUUCCAAAAGAUGAACAUAUUCUUCGGUUCCUCCGUGCACGGGAUUUUAAUAUUGACAAAGCCAGAGAGAUCAUGUGUCAGUCUUUGACGUGGAGAAAGCAGCAUCAGGUAGACUACAUUCUUGAAACCUGGACCCCUCCUCAGGUCCUUCAGGAUUACUACGCGGGAGGCUGGCAUCAUCACGACAAAGAUGGGCGGCCCCUCUACGUGCUCAGGCUGGGGCAGAUGGACACCAAAGGCUUGGUGAGAGCGCUCGGGGAGGAAGCCCUGCUGAGAUACGUUCUCUCCAUAAAUGAAGAAGGGCUAAGGCGAUGCGAAGAGAAUACAAAAGUCUUUGGUCGGCCUAUCAGCUCAUGGACCUGCCUGGUGGACUUGGAAGGGCUGAACAUGCGCCACUUGUGGAGACCUGGUGUGAAAGCACUGCUGCGGAUCAUCGAGGUGGUGGAGGCCAACUACCCUGAGACACUGGGCCGCCUUCUCAUCCUGCGGGCGCCCAGGGUAUUUCCUGUGCUCUGGACGCUGGUUAGUCCGUUCAUUGAUGACAACACCAGAAGGAAGUUCCUCAUUUAUGCAGGAAAUGACUACCAGGGUCCUGGAGGCCUGCUGGAUUACAUCGACAAAGAGAUUAUUCCAGAUUUCCUGAGUGGGGAGUGCAUGUGCGAAGUGCCAGAAGGCGGACUGGUCCCCAAAUCUCUGUACCGGACUGCAGAGGAGCUGGAGAACGAAGACCUCAAGCUCUGGACUGAGACCAUCUACCAGUCUGCAAGCGUCUUCAAAGGAGCUCCACAUGAGAUUCUCAUUCAGAUUGUGGAUGCCUCGUCAGUCAUCACUUGGGAUUUCGACGUGUGCAAAGGGGACAUUGUGUUUAACAUCUAUCACUCCAAGAGGUCGCCACAGCCACCCAAAAAGGACUCCCUGGGAGCCCACAGCAUCACGUCUCCAGGUGGGAACAACGUGCAGCUCAUAGACAAAGUCUGGCAACUGGGUCGCGACUACAGCAUGGUGGAGUCGCCUCUGAUCUGCAAAGAAGGAGAAAGCGUGCAGGGUUCCCAUGUGACCAGGUGGCCGGGCUUCUACAUCCUGCAGUGGAAAUUCCACAGCAUGCCCGCGUGCGCCGCCAGCAGCCUGCCCCGGGUGGACGACGUGCUCGCGUCCCUGCAGGUCUCUUCGCACAAGUGUAAAGUGAUGUACUACACCGAGGUGAUCGGCUCGGAGGAUUUCAGGUGCGGCCACCCUCGGCACAGCAGGUGCCGCGGACGGCUGGGCAUGGUUGGAGGGAGGUUGGAGGGAGGCUGCAGUCCCACGCCGUGUGCAGGCUCAGCAGUGGUGGCGGGUGUCAGGGAUGCUCGGGGGUCCGGGAGGGAGUGGCUAUGGGGUCAUUUGUUGGCACGGUGACUCCCUGCGUGUCUGUAGAGGGAGACUGUUGGAGACAGAGCCGACUGCCUUUCUUUAGCUCACACUGCCGUCUGCGUGUGGGCUGCGAGAAGCCGGUCUCCCUGGUGGGUUACUCAUGUCCAUCUCCCGUUUGCAAGUGCUGAUGGGGAUGAGAAGUGAGCAGAGAGCAGGGUGGGCCACGAAGUCCAGCAGGCAGUAUGGGCAGGCGGGUGGUUGGCAGGGUGGUCCUCACGCCUCACCCCUCCCUGUGCCAUUACAGAGGUUCCAUGACGAGCCUGGAGUCCAGCCACAGCGGCUUCUCCCAGCUGAGCGCCGCCACCACCUCCUCCAGCCAGUCCCACUCCAGCUCCAUGAUCUCCAGGUAGUGCCGCGCUGCCUGCACCUAGUGUGCAGAGGGGACGGCCACCCCUCCUCGGACAGCCAGCUGCGCCCGCCCGCCCAGCGGCGGCAUUGUACAGACUCCUCUCACCUCUAGAUAGCAAAUAGCUCUCAGAUGGUAAACGUAGUCAUUUGAUCCCAAAACUACCUUGGCAGGUAGUUUUAACUCUGAUCCUAACUUAACUCAAUAGCCAUAGAUUUUGUAUACGUUAUGCACAAAAUCAAACCAGAGCACAAGGGCUCUCUUGAAAGAAAAGUAGUUUCUAUACCAAUUAAAGGAUUGACGUGGUCUCAGAUGUUGAUGCAAAAAAUUUUUCCAACGAACUCCGCAUUGUCCAUUAGUGAAUGAAUUCCUGUGACAUCCGCCAGGGAUGGCCCCUCCUCACCUGGGACGGAAGCUACCAGCUCGCUUCCCCCAAGCUGCCUCGCGGCCCCCACGCCUCCCGCCACAGUCAAGAUGGUCUGUGGACUUAGGGCCAGCCCUUGAGGUCCUUAUGCUCUGAGGAUUCAGAGGCCACCUGUGGAGCACCCUGUCCCAGGGCCAGACCCACCCACACCACCCGCUGUCCUGCAGUGGGGCCAGGGGCUCAGUAGGGGCUCUCGGGGACUCCUGGUGACUCCAGGAAAAUGCUGCCAUCGUUAAAUGUUACUUUCUCUUUCUUCCUUUUCAAAUCUUUUUGAUACUUUUUAGAGCAGGAUUUUUCUGUAUGUGAACUUGGGUGGGGGGGUUCUUCCCCUGUUUCCUUCCGCACGUUGCCCCUCUCACCUGCAGUCAGCUCCCAGCCCAGUGUAGGCCAUCUCCUCUGUGCCCUCUGGUGGCUCAUUGUCCUCAGAGCCCAGACAGUUCCAGCCACUAGGAGGCCGUCUUGGAACCAGCAAGUCACGUUUGCCACUUGACACUGUCCACGGGGUUUUAUUAGUAGCUAAGCAGCAGCUCUCGCAUCCACUUCAGGGUGGCGUGUGGCGUGUAGGAGGCCUGCUUCUUUGUACAUGGGAAUUGCGGACUUGUGUGUGUGUGUGCAUGUGCUGUGUGUGUGCAUGUGUGCAUGACGGUGGGGGUGCUGGGGGGACGGGGUGAGUAGACACUUAGUUUGAGUAAUGAAGGAGUCUUCAUAGAAGCAAACCAGAAUAUGGGAUUUGUUUGCCUUUUACAUUUUGUUUAAUUCCUGAUUUUAAAGCCUGCUCUAUCUGGUACAGGCCCUUAUUUUUUCAGCUUUUUAUGAGAAAAGCAGCUUAUUUGAGAAUCUGUCCAGAAGUUGCAUAGGGGAUGGGCUCCACAAUAAGGACAUGCAGCGUGUGUUUCUGUGUGCAGCAGAGGCUGUGUUUUUCGUGCCAAACCCCACGCGGCUGUCAACUGUGUGCGUGGUAGGCAUGGAAAUCCUGGUUGUGCUGUCUCAGCUCCGCUCUGAAGGCACUGUGUGGGUGGUGCGUGACUGGAGAUCUGUGUGGAGGCCGUGUGUGCCCCGUGCAGGGAUCAGGAGGGCGGGGGAGGGACCGAGCAGCCCUCUCGCCCGGUCGGGUCAGCCCUAGUGGCUGCCUGCACACUGCAGACGUCCCAGGGCCUGUGCUGUGAUCACCUGCCUUUGGACCAUGUUUGUGUGUUUGCUGUUAGAGAUCGAGCUCCUCAGUGGUACCCGAAGCUUUUGCUUCCGGAAAGCGCGGUAGGGUUAGUAGGUAGGGCUAGUAGGUAGGGCUAGUAGGUAGGGUUAGCAGGUAGAGUUAGUAGCGCGUCUGUGCUGCUUCCACCUGGUGCUUCCUGUUCCCAAAUCACAAGGGCCUGAAGAUGGUCCCUGCUUUCUCUUUUUCUCUGUGUCUCAGAUGGCGAUUUUGCUGACAGCUGCCAAGAAAAUGCUUCACUCAACAGUCCUCAUGUGCCCAGAGAUGUUUAUAGAACUGUUUGAAUUGCAGCCACCCCCUGCCCCCUCCCAGGCUGAAGACCUGUUCUUUUUAAGUUGAUUCGGGAGUGGCAUUCUUUUAUCCCCAAAGAGUUUAGUGCAUCUUGAAGAGCUCAAAGCACAUGACCGCACAAAUGCUUACAGGGUUUCCUCCCGAGUAAUCCAAUCUCACUCCCCUCGUAAGGGAAUUCUGGGGCAGCUGUGGUUUGAGUAUGCAGUUUGCAUCGUGUCUCUACUUUUAGUACCUUGCCACUCUUUUAAAACGCUGGUGUCAUUUCCCGUUUCUUAGUACUAAUGAUUCUCUGAUUCUCCCUCUGUCUUAAUUCACUUUCCUUCCUAAAUUUGUUACUUGCAUAUCAAAUUCUGUAAAUGUUUUGUAAACAUAUUACCUCACUUGGUAAUACAAUACUGAUAGUCUUUAAAAGAUUUUUUUAUUGUUAUCAAUAAUAAAUGUGAACUGUUUAAAGAAAA